AAAUAAAUAUUUUAUCCAAUUUUAAAAGAAAUUAACUAUUUUUUGUGUUCGCCGUAAGAUGGCAGCAGCGUUGAUUUGUUUCGAAAAUAAAAGAUAAACGAGCAGUUGUAGUUUGCAUAAUUAUAAAUGUUGCAAAAAUGGAUUUAAAUAAACUAGAAAAUGAAUUCGAAAAGAUUGUUGGUUCUUCAUGCGAAUCAACAAGUGCACAAGAACGAAUUAUAUUGACUCAGCGAGCAAUAGGAAAAUACUACAAAACUGAACAUGAAUUACUUAAGAAAGAAAAUGAUCAAAUUGAUGACCAAAUGGCUAAAGACGGAAAACAAAUACAAGAAACGGAAAAAAAAAUUCAAGAAGUGAAAGAAAUAAAAGAUCAACUCAUUUCUGCUAUGUCAACACUUUCAACGGCAACAAUACAUUUAUUGGCACGAAAAAAUGAAGUACAAGAAGACGUAAUAAAGUGGGAAAAUAAAAUCAACAAAACUGCUGAAAUAAUGGAGAAUUUUAUAAAAAAAGAAACCGCAAAACGAGAAGAGGGAAAUGAUAUUUACAAACAAGUUAUUAAAAAACGCAAUAACAUAACAGCAUUACAAAUUGAACGAGCCGUUUUAGAAAAACGGAUUGAAGUACAACAACGACAAAUUAAACAACGAAAAGAAAUAAACUAUUUGUUAUUUCGCAACGAAAUUGUUGAAUUUGUGAAAUCGGUUACCACCCAUAAUCGAAUAAUUCAAUUAAAUAAAGAUAUAGCUAAGAUGAAAUUGAAUUUGAACGAAAUGAGCGUCAAGUUCAAUCAGUUAUCUUUGAAUAAGUUAUCAACCUUUAAAGUAAGAUCUGUUUUUGCCACAAGUUUUCAACAAACAGCUUUAAACAAUAGAGGGAAUACCUUAAAAUCAGUAGAUAAAACAACUAAGACCAUAAAAGGUCAAGAAAAUAGCUUAAAAGUUGUAAAACCCGAAACUACAAUUAUUUCAAAGCAGCCUAACAAAACCACUUCAAGUACAUUAAAAAUACAACCACCAAAAACUCUUUUGUCCAGCACGGAUCACGAAGAUAAUGAUAGAAAAGAGUUUCAACAAAGAUCCGAUGAGCGUAAAAGAAAAUAUUUACAUUUAAUGUCCACUUCAUUUGAUGAUUUGGCGAAGAAUUACCAAGAGAAUACCGAAACAAACAUAAAAGAAACCCCUAAAACUAACGUUGAAAAGGAGAACUCUCAAAAAGGAGUUAUUAAAAAAAUCGAAAAGAAACCUAGCAAAGAGGAAAAUAUUACGAUAUCUUCGAAAAAUUCAUCGAAGAAGAUUAAAUUGAUUGACAAUGUAAAAAUUCAACAAUCACCGCCAGUUGAAGGUCUAUUUCUCAUUCCAAAAUCUAUUGAAGGACGUAAACCGAAAAAGGUAUCGUUUGCUGAAAGAAAAACUCAAGAAGAGGUACCUUUAACUGACGAUACUAAUCAUAAUCAUAAUAAUUCGGUUAUAAGCGGAAAUGAAAGUAAUCAAAGUUUUACGUUUUCAAAUACUGAAGAAAGGGAAAUUUCAAAAUUCUUUAAAAACCCCGAAGGAGAUAGAUCGGUUUGGGAAGAUGAAGAUAAUUAUGAAGUGAAUAAUGAAGUUAAUUAUUCCUUUUUGACAUCUCAAUAUAAUACCACAAAAACACCUACAGACAAUACUAAUAAUGACUCAACUGCGCAAGACAAUUUCUUUUUAACACCAAGCGAUAAUGGGAACAUGUUGGGUUUUGAUUUUGGAAUGGGGAAUCAACAAGCAUCUAGUAACCCAUUUUCACUCUUUUAAAACCUUAUAGGUUCAUUUGUUAUUAAAUAUUUUGUUAAGUUAAUAAUUUAUUCUA